GGCCGCAUGGGCUUGUGCCUUGAGUGCUAGGUUGCCACAGUCGCUGCCAUGACCAAAAUAAAGGCAGAUCCGGACGGGCCGGAGGCUCAGGCGGACGCGUGCUGCGGCGAGCGCACUUACCAUGAACUGCUGGUGAAUCUGAACCCCAUCGCGCAGCCUCUGGCUUCUCGCCGCCUCACGCGGAAGCUCUACAAAUGCAUCAAGAAAGCCGUGAAGCAGAAGCAGAUUCGGCGCGGGGUGAAGGAGGUUCAGAAAUUUAUCAACAAAGGCGAGAAAGGGAUUAUGGUUUUAGCAGGAGACACGUUACCCAUUGAGGUAUACUGCCAUCUCCCAGUUAUGUGUGAAGACCGGAAUUUACCGUAUGUCUAUAUCCCCUCUAAGACGGACCUGGGUGCAGCCGCUGGCUCUAAGCGCCCCACCUGCGUGAUAAUGGUCAAGCCCCACGAGGAAUACCAGGAGGCCUAUGACGAGUGCCUAGAGGAGGUGCAAGCCCUGCCCCCACCCAUGUGAAGGAACUUAGGCACAACCUGGGCACCUGCUCCAAAAACAGUUGGCUUGGUGGCGGGCCAGUUGGCUGCCCUCCUGCCGCCCACAUUCAGACAUCUCCGUGGUCCCGAGGCACGUAUUCUUCCUAAGCAGCUGCAACAGCUACUUCACAACAGCAAAGCCAGCAUCUUCUCCGACAGUGCUGUUUCCUGUUGAGCUUCAGUGAAGAUAGUUUCAAGAAUGUGAUGUGGGGGAAGUAAAUCCUAAAACUAAAAUGUG